AUGAGUAUAUUAGAUUUCAAUUUGAAACAUUGGUUAACAGGAAUGUUGGUUUUCGGGUGUCAGCAAUUUUUGGUAGAAGUGCGGAUGAAAUCUUGCAACGUCGAGGAUGCAGAUGUGCACGGCAUAUUAAAUGAUAAGAAUGGAGAGCAUGGGUGUAAUGAGGAUUUUGACGAUGCAUGUGAUGUCGGUGCCGUAGACAUUGUAUUUGAUGAGGAUGCAUCAGACUACGGUAAUGUUAUCGGAUUGAAUGACCAGCAGAUAAUGAGAAAGGUGUUUCGGAGUGAGAAACGUGCCUAUGAAUUUUAUUGUAAAUUUGGGAGAUGCCAUGGAUUCGGUGUGCGCAAGGGGAUUAUGACUAAUUGUAUGGCAAAGUUGUCGAUUUACCUAGAUAGGGAAAACUCAGUACGGAAGGUUCGGAAAGUUAUCUUGGAGCAUAAUCAUGAGUUGACACCGCGAGUAAUGGUGCACAUGAUUCCAAAAUUUCGUCAGAUGUCAAAUGCUGCAAAGGCACACAUAGAUGGCAUGCAUGGGUAUGGUAUACCUAUGUCUAAGAUUCUUGGCUACAUGGCUGGGAUUGCCGGAGGGUAUUCUUUGUUGGGCUUUAUGAAAAAAGAUGCAUAUAACUACAUCGACAAGAUGAGUCAUUCAAAGAUUGCUGAUGGUGACUCGAAUGCUGCCAAUGUAUACCUAGAGGGAAAGGCGGCAGCCGAUCCAAUGGCAAUGGCUAGGUAUAACUUAACAGAUGAUGGUAUGUUAGCGAAUAUGUUCUGGGUAGAUGGAAUUAGUAGAGUCGACUACCAGUACUUCGGAGACGUUGUUGCUUUCGACUCGACAUACAAAAAGAAUAAAUACAAUAGACCUUUGGUGAUAUUUUCUGGCUCAAACAACAACAAACAAACUACGAUAUUUGGUUUUGGAUUGGUUCUAAAUGAAACUAUUACAUCAUACACAUGGAUGCUGGAGAAUUUGUUGGAGGUUAUGUGUAAUAAACCUCCGUCCGUUGUCGUAACCGAUGGGGACGAAGCAAUGAUUGCAGCAGUGAAAAAGGUUUUUCCUGAAGCCACCCACCGGUUGUGUGCAUGGAAUUUGUAG